GCGACCUUUUCGAAUAACGCAUUGUCUUCAGAAGGCACUGGAGAAGUAGUGAAAGACAGUUGUCUUUUUGGCUUCACGCACGAUAACAGUUCGCAAGACUGCUAUGAUCCCUUCACAAUUCCUCCGACGCCUGUCGAUGCAUUUCCUCGCCCAGCAGCGUACGCGCGCUCUCAGCCAAGCCGUCAUCGACGAAAUCUCCUCUAUCGUUGGACAAGAAAAUGUCAACCGCUCGACUACGGUACGGCAGAAGCAUUCUUUUGAUCAGGGCCCUUACAACCCAGCUGCACCGGACAUAGUCGUAUUCCCAGGAAGUACCGCGGAAGUGAGCAGAGUCGCUCGUACCUGCUAUGAGCACGGAGUGCCCAUGGUUCCAUACGGCUACGGUUCCGGUUUCGAAGGCGGAGUUCAGGCAGUCAACGGCGGCGUCUGCAUCUGCUUCCAGAACAUGAACAAAGUCCUGGAAGUGCAAGGUAACGACCACACCGCCAUUGUCCAGCCGGGAGUCUCUUGGCGUGAAAUCAACGCCUUCGUCCACCAGUCUGGACUCUGGUUUCCCGUCGACACCGGCGUGGACAGUUCAAUUGGCGGAAUGUGCGCCACGUCUGCGUCCACAACGAACGCGAUUCUUUAUGGCACCAUGCGUCAGAACGCACUGAAUUUGGAGGUUGUCCUUCCGGACGGUAAGGUAAUAGAUACCGCCGGGAAAACCAAACGAUGCUUCAAAUCCACAGCGGGGUACAACCUCACGAGUCUGUUCAUCGGUUCUGAGGGUACGUUGGGUAUCAUCACAAAAGCCACCCUUCGCUUGUAUUGCUUGCCCGAAGUGAUAACAACGGCUGUUUGUACGUUCCCGACGGUAACAUCGGCCAUCGACACGGUAUUGCUUCUACUUCGUACGAAUAUCCCUGUCGCUCGGGUGGACUUUAUCGACGACUUGUCCAUUCGAGUGUGUAACCAGUUUACCAACAAGUUCACGCCCGCGGUACCUACGCUUUUCAUCGACCUUCACGCGACAAACUCCUCCACUAGCGAAUACAUCAAGGAUGUGAAGGAAAUCGUUCAUGAUAGCGGAGGCGGCGACUUCAAAUGGGCCACCGACAAGGAAGAGCGGAGUCGGCUCAUGUGGUCCAGGAACUCAUUAUACUUUGCUACGCGAACGAUGAAAUCGGAAGCUCGCGGUAUCCUAAACGAUGUCAGCGUCCCGAUAUCGAACCUCCCCGAGCUGAUAACAGAGACCAAGGAGGACAUUGAAGCCGUGGGCAUCGUGGGUUCGACGCUGGCGCAUGUCGGGGACGGGACCUUCCAUACGACGGUUCUCUUCGACCCAAGUAACAAAGAAGAGCUCGUCAAGGCACGGGAAGUAUCUGCUCGUAUAUCUGAUCGGGCCCUGAGGCUGGACGGAACGUGCUCGGCCGAGCACGGCAUUGGCCUAGGGAAGAAAGACUUGCUGCUCCGGCAGGUGGGGAAGGAUGGACUUGAACUGAUGAGGUCCAUCAAGAAGUCCUUCGAUCCUAAGAAUAUUAUGAAUCCAGGAAAGAUAUUUAGUUAGGAGGCGGGAUAUGAAUGGCAAUCAUGUGGUGGUUGGUCAAAGAGAUAAAAUUGUUUUUAAUGA